UAGUCUACCACUCCCAAACAGUACGAGUUUUGUGAGUGUAUGAAUGCAGAUCAUGCAUGUUGAGGUGUGGUACUCUGUUCUCGUCAUACUCCUUAUGGGGCAUGGGGGCGGCGGACAAAAGACAGAGCCCCGCUUAGGCCUGAAGGACCACAACCUGUUCCGAGGGUCCGAUCGAUAUGCCUUUGCCAUCGUGGUGCCAGCCUCGGGGCUAGAGUGCUUUUGGCACUUUGCACACCAGAGUGGGAACUUCUACCUAACCUACAUGGUCCAGUGGGUGACAGGACUAGCCAGUGACAACCAUCUUUACGUGACCGUCAUUUCCCCAGAAGGGGCCCUCAUGGCCUCAACAGACGACACCAUUGGAGAAAUCAACUUCCAAACUGAAGUGACCGGUUUUUAUCAGAUGUGCUUGGGGAACUAUAAGAACCACUUUGGUGGCGUCCGAGUCUUUCUCAACUUCGGUGUGUACUAUGAGGGUGCUGAGGAGAUGCAGCGAGAGACAAAGGAAGGAGAAAAAGUCCUCAACAACACUCUGUCCAACAUUGAGGAGAGUACCAACAAGAUACAAGGUCACAUUUUACACAUGUGGCGGCACUACAACUACGCUCGCAUGAGGAGAGGUGCUGACCAUUACCUUCUCCUCUUCAACCACAACUACGUCACCUGGUGGUCUGCGGUACAGAGUGUGGUCAUCAUCAUGGUGGGCUACCUGCAGCUCUUCUUCCUCAAGAGGCUUUUCCACACGGACACCCAUAGACCCCGCUGUUGAUGAAGGAUGGCUCGUAAAAUGUCACUCACUGCUUGUGUUGCUUUGUGGAUCGUGUUUGUUCAACGUUAAAGGGACAGUUCACCCAAAUUACAAAACGUACAUUUUUUUUUUUUUUGUUUUGCUUACCCGGUAAGCAGGCUUUGGACAAGGAGAGAUGGCAAGCUAUGCGUUGGUUUUGUUGAUCUGGCUUUUCUGUCCCCCAAAAAAUCCCAUGCAAGUCAUUAUCACCCAAGUUAGCAUGUUUUACAUUUCCUGCACGAAUCCCCCCCCAAAAUCCAAUGAGCUAUGAUUUCAAACACUAUGGGGUGAUGAAUAGCCAUAAUAUACCUGUGAAAGGCCAUGUUCACAACCUCCCUUUUCAAGAUGGCAGCAGGAGCAAUUUAGUAUCCAAGGCGCAUGUAUAAAAAAAUGCACACUUGGAAAGACAACUACUCAAGGUCAGUUGUCUUUUUAAUUGUGUAGUUUUUCACAGGUCUUGGAGCCAGUCUUGUCAAGACAGGGACCUCUAAACUGAUUAGAGGUGUUUUAGGAACUCCAGCAUGCACUAUUCCUAUUCCACAUUCUCAAUUGAAUAUGUAGCAAAGUCGAGUUACACUUAAAGUAUCAUACUUUAAUCUCCAAGUGUAACUUGACUUUGCCUGGGCUACAUAUUCAGAACAGCAAUGUGUGUUUGACUAGACUUAUGAAACUUCUAUAGAAUUGUCGUCAUUUCUCGCAGGACAACAAUUGUUUUCUCCACCCCACACAAGCAACAAAGAUAACAUGUACACUGUAUUUAUAGUCACCGUAACAUGGGCAUUUAAACAAGGUUCCUUACAUUUCAGCCAGUCUACAUCAUGGUUGUAGAGCAAGCAAAUGGCAAGAGUAUAGAAAAAAAACAGCCCCUGAGGUAAAUCACGGACUUAAAACCUCUUAAGGAUCGGACCCUUUUUUUUCUUUUUAAAUUUCCGCCUAAAAUGACAUACCCAACUCUAUCUGCCUGUAGCUCAGGACCUGAAGCAAGGAUAUGCAUAUUGUUGAUACUAUUUGAAAGGAAACACUUUGAAGUUGGUGGAAAUGUGAAAUUAAUGUUGAAGAAUAACAUUAGAUCUGGUAAAACAUACAUUUUUUUUAAAUGCAAGAGAAAGGCCACAAUCGUAUUGCAGUUUAGGCACAAUUUAGAUUUGCCACUAGAUGGCAGCAGUGUAUGUGCACAUUUUAGACUGAUCCAAUUAACCAUUGCAUAUCUGUUCAAAAUGUUGUAUCAAGUCUGCCCAAAUGUGCCUAAUUGGUUUAUUGAUACAUUUAAGUUAAUAGCUGUGCACGCCCCUCAAACAAUAGCAUGGUAUUCUUUCACUGUAAUAGCUACUGUGAAUUGGACAGUGCAGUUAGCCUAUUCUUGUUUAACUUUCUGCCCAUAUCAGAUAUGUCUAUGUCUUGGUAAAUGUUCUUGUUGCUUACAACCUCAUGCUAAUCACAUGAGUGCAUGUUAGCUCAUCCAUCCCGGGGGGGGGGGCACCAAUCCUUAAAACCAUUUUAAACUAAAAUGCUUGACUUUGACCUUUCUUUUUAAAGCAAAGUUGAUGUCGAUUUAACACUAAAGGCCUCGAGGGGGAUUCCCUAAAAACAUACAUCUACGACUGGAACUUACUUUUUGUAGGAGAGCAUUUUCACUAACCCGAAACCUUUUCCUAACCUCAAACAAAUUCUCUUAACAUGCCAGGUUAAUUAUCCCAACCUGCUAUGAAGAAGUCACUUCACUUCAGGUUUUUUUCGAGCCAAUGACGAGUCUUUUGGAAGUCAAGAUUUUAAAUCAAAUAAGUGUCAUAUUUGCUUGUUGAAUUGACGUCUUUAGUUUAUUAUUUAUCGUUAAUGGCUUCUUUGGUGUGACAUCUCGUACUGCUAGUGAAGUUGCUGGCUAGCAAGUUAGCGUAAACUAGCGCAACAUGUCUCAAUCAAAAUUGUACAGAAAAGAGCGGGAGUCUGUCCCUGAACAAAUGUCAAAUCAUAUUUUUUGCCGAGCUGGCCAGUCAAUUUGAGUAACGUUAUUGUGUGUUCUACGUUAUCACGCAAUGACAUCAGAACGUCAUUUAGCAACAAAUCAACCUGCCCCUUACCCUGAAAAUUAGUUGGCAACACUGAAUGCAUGACCAGCAUAAGUAGCUCAGUUUGGUACCUGCAGGACUUUAGGAAUAUGGUUGUCUGCCCCUGCUGUGGGCUAUAUGUAAAAAUAAAUAUUAAAAAUUAAAAAACGCAACAAUUCAAGAGUUGAAUUCAUCAAAGAAAUCCAUCAAAAUGUCAUUUUACAAAGAAACAUUAUGUAAAGAAACAUUUCAAAAGAACAGAAUAGCCUAUUUUCUUUAAAUGUUAUUAAGCUUUGCUAGCCUGAACAAUGAUGCUGCGAGUGAUCGCAUGGAACAGAGGUUAUUCUUGGAAAAAGUGAUAUUUUGAAAAAUAGCUCACCUCUUGAAUUUGAGUUAUUUAAAAGGUGUUUUAGAAACUACAGAAUCAGCCCUUAAUGAUACUAUAUAGAAAUCAAAAUGCUCUGUUUUUUAUUAUUUAUUUACCUUUUAUUUAACUAGGCAAGUCAGUUAAUUAAGAACAAAUUCUUAUUUUCAAUGACGGCCUAGGAACAGUGGGUUAACUGUUGGAUAGGUGAAAGCAAGGUUACCACACUCUUUGAAAAAAAGGUUCAAUGGCUGCAUUUACACAGGCAGCCCUAUUCGGAUCUUUUUUUCACUAAUUGGUAUUUUUACCAAUCAGAUCAGCUCUAAAAAAAUGGAUGUGAUUCGUCAAAUGACGAAAUUUGUAUAGCACCCCUAAAGGAUCUAUAUUAGAAGACUUUUGUAGAGAUCAUUGGCUACGUUUUCACAGGCAGUCCGAUUCUGAUUUUUUUUGCCAAAUUAUUGGCAAAAGAUCUGAUCUGAUUGGUCAUAACACUCACGAGCCAAAAGUGGUCCCCAUUUGUGUAUUAGGUCAUCAAAUUGUGUACUUUAUUUUUUUUUCAAAUUUGCUAGGAAUCCAAUUUGUACUAUAUGUUAUGAAUUUGUUGUGCUUAAGAUCCUGGAGUGCAUCUUUAAGCACGUCAUACAUUACACGAUUUUAAGAUGUGAUUUUGCAACGAUUUGGGAUCUAUGACAAAUUUCUGGGAUUGCAGGUAAAUCUUAUAGUUGUAGGCUCCAACCAAGAUGCCCCACCUGUUUUGAGCCACACACUUUUUGCAUUAAAAAAAGUGUAUACAUUGAGGCAAAAAAGUAUUUAGUCAGCCGCCAAUUGUGCAGGUUCUCCCACUUAAAAAGAUGAGGCCUGUAAUUUUCAUCAUAGGUACACUUCAAUUAUGACAGACAAAAUGAGAAGAAAGAAAAAUCGAGAAAAUCACAUUGUAGGAUUUUUAAUGAAUUUAUUUGCAAAUUAUGGUGGAAAAUAAGUAUUUGGUCAAUAACAAAAGUUUAUCUCAAUACUUUGUUGGCAAUGACAGAGGUCAAACGUUUUCUGUAAGUCUUCACAAGGUUUUCACACACUGUUGCUGGUAUUUUGGCCCAUUCCUCAACGCAGAUAUUCUCUAGAGCAGUGAUGUUUUGGGGCUGUUGCUGGGCAACAUGGACUUCCAACUCCCUCCAAAGAUUUUCUAUGGGGUUGAGAUCUGGAGACUGGCUAGGCCAAUCCAGGACAUUGAAGUGCUUUUUACGAAGCCACUCCUUCGUUGCCCAGGCAGUGUGUUUGGGAUCAUUGUCAUGCUGAAAGACCCAGCCACGUUUCAUCUUCAAUGCCCUUGCUGAUGGUAGGCUUUGUUACUUUGGUCCCAGCUCUCUGCAGGUCAUUCACUAGGUCCCCCCGUGUGGUUCUUGGAUUUUUGCUCACCGUUCUUGUGAUCAUUUUGAUCCCACGGGGUGAGAUCUUGCAUGGAGCCCCAGAUUGAGGGAGAUUAUCAGUGGUCUUUUUUGUCUUCCAUUUCCUAAUAAUUGCUCCCACAGUUGAUUUCUUCAAACCAAGCUGCUUACCUAUUGCAGAUUCAGUCUUCCCAGCCUGGUGCAGGUCUACAAUUCUGUUUCUGGUGUCCUUUGACAGCUCUUUGGUCUUGGCCAUAGUGGAGUUUGGAGUGUGACUGUUUGAGGUUGUGGACAGGUAAUUUCAAACAGGUGCCAUUAAUACAGGUAACGAGUGGAGGACAGAGGAGCCUCUUAAAGAAGAAGUUACAGGUCUGUGAGAGCCAGACAUCUUGUUUGUAGGUGACCAAAUACUUAUUUUCCACCAUAAUUUGCAAAUAAAUUCAUUAACAAAUCCUACAA